CAGGCCGUCGCCCGCUCCCAUACGCCGAGGCAGAGAAAACAGUGGGAAUUGGAGAGCUCAUAGCAUCUGCCAACAGCAUUCACUUCGCGGACAAUUCAUUACUCAAACGAAGUAGUUGUGUGCAUUUGAAUGGGCGUACAAAGUGACAGAAGCCGUGCGGUCGUCUCAUGCUAGCUACGUAACGUUAGUUUAGACUGACAAUGAAACAAAAGCGUGCAAUGUGUCAAGGGGAACAUUCCAAUUAAAGCGCUACAGAAAAUACAAGGACACCGGAGCUGUAAUUUAAGAGGAAAGGUGGAUUUGGGGGAAAGAAGAAGAACCUUUUAUGGUAAUGUGACUCCACCAGAGGCUUCAUUUGGCAAAGCCUGGUUCCUCGUGAGAAGCUGACGCCAGCCCGAGUGUGUGUCCCCGCCUGCGUGUCCUGAUGAUGUCGCGGCACAACCAGCGCUUCGAGCGGGACUUCCGCGGGGCGUGGGAGAGGCGGGAGCGCUGCGCCGCGCUGGCCGCCGCCGUCGGCAACAACAGCAACAACAACAACGGCGGCGGCGGCGGCGUCUGCGGGAUGACUAACGGCUGCGGAGCGGGCGGCGGGGUCCCGGUGCCCAGCGGCGGCAACAACCGCCCGGGACUCCUCCCCUUGCCCGUCAUCCCCUCUCUGCUGCCCACGCCGGUCACCGUGGCGACCACCACCUCCAGCAGCGAGCUGGCCUGCAAGCGCCUCGUGCUGCCCCCCACCACCUCCAGCUCCAAGGUGCCCAUGCUGCCCGCCGGGGACGGCCACGCUCAAGGGCAGGUGCUGACCACGGGGGUGCGGUGGGGGCAGACGCCCAUCAACCAGUCCACGCCCUGGGAGACGGACGAGCCCCCGGCCAAACACAUGCGGGAGAAGGACCUCACAGGGUCCCUCUGGCCGCCAGUGGCCACUCAGUCCAGCCUGCUCGCCCACUCCUACGGGAUGCCCCAGGCGCCCGCCUACAGCCAGUGUGUGACGGUGCAGGCGCCCAUCAUCGGGGUGACCCCGACGCUGCCCAACCCGGUGCCCCCGCCGCACCCGCUCAUGAGCGCCCACUACCAGCUGCCGCAGCAGCCCGCGCCGCCCCUGGCCACCAUGGUGCUCAACAUGCACAGCCAGCCGCUGGGCGUGGCGGGUUUACCGCCCAUCACCAUGUCGCCCAUGACGGGCGUGUGUCAGGUGGCGCACCCCGUCCACACCGUGGUGGGCAACGGGCACAUGCACAACCACAUGGCGCCGCCCGCGUCCUGCCUGCCCACCGCCGGCGCCACCUGCGCCCCUCCUCUGACCAACGGGCAGGCGGCGCACCUGCAGCCCCCCCCCGCCGUGCCAGCCAUGCUGCCCGCUGUCGCUGCCGCCGUCGCCGCCGCAGCCGAGGGCACCAACGGCCUGCAGAUGCUCCGGACGGUGGGCAUGGGGAAGUAUGAGUUCACCGACCCCUGGCAUCCCAAAGAGAUGUUGAAGGAAUUGAACCAGCAGCGGCGAGCGAAAGAGUUUACAGACCUGAAAAUAAUUGUUGAAGGCAAAGAGUUUGAAGUCCACCAAAAUGUUCUAGCUUCCUGCAGCUUAUAUUUCAAGGACAUGGUUAAAAGGUUGUCCAGCGAGAGCCGGGGCGGCGAGAAGCUGCGUCUGCUGAUGAGCAACAUCAGCGCGGACGUGCUGGAGCUCCUGCUGGAGUUCGUCUACACCGGCUCCCUCAUCAUCCACUCGGCCAACGCCAAGACCCUGCUGGAGGCCGCCAACAAGUUCCAGUUCAACACCUUCUGCAAAGUCUGCGUCUCCUUCCUAGAGAAGCAGCUGACGGCCAGUAACUGCCUGGGCGUGCUGGCCAUGGCCGAGGGGAUGCAGUGCACGGAGCUGCACAACAUGGCCAAGGCCUUCGCCCUGCAGAACUUCCCCGAGGUGGCCGGCCAGGACGAGAUCCUCAGCGUCUCCAAGGACGACCUGGUCAGCUACAUGUCCAAUGACAGCCUCAACACCAAGGCCGAGGAGCUCGUCUACGAGACCGUCAUCAAGUGGAUCAAGAAGGACCCCAGCAGCCGAGUCCAGCACUUGUCGGAGCUGCUGGCGGUGGUGCGGUUGCCCUUCAUCCACCCCAGCUACCUGCUGAACGUGGUGGACAACGAGGAGCUGAUCAAGGCGUCGGAGGCGUGCCGCGACCUGGUCAACGAGGCCAAGCGCUACCACAUGCUGCCGCACGCGCGCCAGGAGAUGCAGACGCCGCGCACCAGGCCCCGGCUGUCCGCAGGUGUUGCAGAGGUGAUUGUGCUGGUGGGGGGUCGGCAGGUCAUUGGCAUGAACCACCGGUCCCUGACAGCCGUCACUUGCUUCAACCCGCAAAACAACAAGUGGUACCCCCUGGCCAGCCUGCCUUUCUACGACCGCGAGUUCUUCUCCGUUAUUUCAGCAGGGGAUAAUAUCUACCUGUCAGGUGGAAUGGAGUCGGGCGUCCCUCUGUCAGACGUGUGGUGCUACAUGUCCCUGCUGGACAACUGGAACCUGGUGUCCAGGAUGACGGUCCCGCGGUGUCGGCACAACAGCGUGGUGUACGACGGCAAGCUCUACACCAUCGGCGGCCUGGGCGGCACGGGGAACCUGGAUAACGUCGAGAGGUACGACACCAUCACAAAUCAGUGGGAGACGGUGUCGCCCCUCCCCAAGCCCGUGCACUCGGCCGCCGCCACCGUCUGCGGGGGCAAGAUUUACGUGUUCGGGGGGGUGAACGAGGCCGGCCGCUCGGCGGGAGUGCUGCAGUCCUACAUGCCCCAGACCAACACCUGGAGCUUCAUCGAGUCGCCCAUGAUCGAUAACAAAUACGCUCCGGCCGUCACUCUCAACGGCUUCAUCUUCAUCCUGGGCGGAGCCUACGCCCGCGCCACCACCAUCUACGACCCCGAGAAGGGCAACAUAAAGGCCGGCCCCAACAUGAACCACUCCAGGCAGUUCUGCAGCGCCGCCAUCCUGGACGGGAAGAUCUUUGCCACGGGCGGCAUCGUGAGCAGCGAGGGGCCGGCGCUGAGCAACAUGGAGGCCUUUGACCCGUGCGCCAACGCCUGGAAGCUGCAGCAGAGCCUGCCCUGCCCGCUGUUCCGCCACGGCUGCGUGGUCAUCAAGAAGUACAUCCAGAGCGGCUGACGCGGGCGAACCUGAGCCCCCGCGCCCCCGUGCCCGCCCACGCGCCACACCACGCCACCAUGCGCCACCCCGGCUCUCUCUCACUCACUCACUCCAGCACAGCCGCCCCCAGGAUUAGCAGUGGUGACAUUGAUGCCUGGCGUGAACACACACCCUGCCCCCCGCUCCAACCACACACACACACACACACACACACCGCUCGCACACACUGACAGACUCUCUCUCUCACACACACAUACGGACAUACACACACACACGCACACACACCGCUCACAUACUGACAGACUCUCUAUUUCACACACAUGCGGACAUACACACAUACAGUACACACACACACACAGCUCACAUACUGACAGACUCUCUAUUUCACACACACAUGCGGACAUACACGCACACACACACACCUCCCCCCUGUACUUUCUGUCUAAUGCUCCCCUUUCCAGGCCUGUGCGCCCCCCCCCCCCCCCUUCUGCAGACUCUCCUCCUCUCCACAGAAUGUAGAAGUUAAUCUUCACCGUUCAGUGCAAACAGGGCCAGCGCCUCAGCAAUGUGGCAUCGCGUAACCGAUCCCACCUUGUGGCGCUUGAACUAGAUGUUUGUAGUGGCACCAGCCUUAACGCUAUCGUUGUCGGGUUGAUUCAAGUACACACUAGUGUGUGUGUGUGUGUGUGAGAGAGAGUGUGUGCAAGUGUGUGUGUGUGGGCGUGUAUGGGCGCGUGUGUGCAUGUGUUUGUGUGUUUUUCCACUGGUCAAGUUACAGUACAGCUGGGGGGAUUUUUUUUUCUUCUUCUUCCUGCUUUUGCUUAUGUUUUCAUAAGAACAUUUGCACUGAUUUUUUUCUUUCCCUUGUCUGUUUUUAUUUUUCUUGUUGUUGUUGUCAUUGUUUGUUUGGUUUAGAAUGUAGACUUGUGAACUGGCUCAGUCUUAGCUGAUCUCUUUUCGCUUUUCGCUCCUUAACUCUUAUUUUACUCGCUUUGUUUCAUCGCAGAGAUUGUCACCGUAUUUAUGCCGUGAGUAGGACUCGCCACACUCUCUCUCCCUCUCUUCUCAUUUCGCGUCUCACCAAGGAGCUACCUUAUCGAUGUUAGCAAUUACCGUCCAUAGAUCUGUCCACACGCCACUUCUAGGGCAUUCGUUAACCUUCACGUCACCAAUAGGCUCUGUACAAAAUCAGUGAGGAAAAGUGCACAUAUCUUGAAUGUGAAAGUCAUUCCUUUUUUUUUUUUUUUUCGAAAAAAAAACCCUCGAGUGAUUUACAGUGCUCGUCACAAAGUCAAUACUGCUGCUGCUGCUGCUACUGAAGAUGGAGCUACGGCCAGGCUCACGUCACGUCACGCCACGUCACGUGCCCGGGGGUGGCUCUGCCCCACUCCUGUGACUGUAUGUGCCCACGGCAAGGAGCAAAGGGAAGGGCCCGCCCGGAUGCCAACUCAUCCAUACCCGAGGAGCGAGACAGAAGACGGCUGCGAAAACGGACUCUCUGGCGCGAAAAAUAGCCUCUCUGCUCGCACUCAUCCAAAGCACAAGACCCGUACCGGCUCCAAGCAGAAGUGUUCCAGUAUGCCUUUUUUUUUUCUCUUUGUUGCGUUUGUUGCAUCUGUGUUGCUCCUCUACGAGCCCAGAGACCCUGGGGGAUGGGCGAUGCCGCCGCCGCCGCCACCGCCGCCUCCUCUGGAGAAGGGACAUAGUUCGACUGAGGCUGCUGGGAUAAUGAGGACGGGAGUCUCUGUAAAUUAUUGGAAGAAGAAAAUGUUUAUUUUAGGAACUCAAAGUGAUGAUUGUUUUUAGAAAAACAAAUAGUUGCAAAAAUAUCCUGUACCAAAAAAAAAAAAAAAAAAAGAACCAGAGAAAGCUGAUUAUCAGUAGCUGUUGUUAUUGUUUGAUUAAUGAUGGAGUGUCAUUAAGGAAAACAGCGAUGACUGUGCAGAAAUUACAAUUACAGAAUUCAUGGCCUGAGAAGUUGUUUAUUUCUUUGUUACUUAACAGGGUAGAGGGAUGAUUCACAUCCCUCUGAAGACAUGCUUUGUGUUCUCACUGAGCUACUGUUGCUGUCAAGACAAAAUCCCUCCAUGAAUCAAUGCAGAACUACAGCAUACA